UAGCUCCUGCCGGGCUUCCAAAAGAUGGGUAAAGGUGGUGGGACACGAAUACCACUAUGGAUAUCAAUACUAGCCCUGGUCUUCAUAAACAUCAAAGUUCAAGCCCAGGGUGGUGAACAACCAACAAAGUCGGAGUAUGUUUCUCCAUCUCUCCUGCAGCGACAAAACUCUGUCAAAUCCCAAGGAGUGACAAUCAUUCCAUCUUUUCCAAACACACUGAAAGUAAAGGCUGGCAACCCCUCUCACAAUGGUCGUGUAUGCAGUACAUGGGGGAACUUCCACUUCAAGACCUUUGAUGGGGACAUUUUUUACUUCCCUGGGGUCUGCAAUUACAUCUUUGCCUCCAACUGCAAGUCCUCCUACGAGGACUUCAACAUCCAGAUUCGGCGUGCAAUGGUGGAAAAUGCUACUGUGAUCACUCAUGUCAUCAUGAAGCUGGAAGGAGUGGUGAUUGAACUGACCCCCAGCUCUGUCCUGCUCGACAACAAACUGGUCCAGAUGCCCUACAGCCACAUGGGAGUCUUGAUAGAGAGAAGUAACAACUAUUUGAAAGUUUCUGCCAAGUUGGGACUGACCUUCCUUUGGAAUGGACAAGAUGCCCUCCUGGUGGAACUAGAUAAGAAAUAUGCCAAUCAAACUUGUGGGCUUUGUGGGGACUUCAAUGGAAUUCCAGUCAGCAAUGAAUUUAUUUCAGGGAAGACAAAACUGACGCCCAUACAGUUUGGUAAUAUGCAGAAGAUGGAUGGACCCACAGAGCAGUGUGAUGAUCCUAUUCCUCCUACUUCUCUGAUGAACUGCUCAAGAGAAUUUGCUUCUAUCUGUGAGACAGUAUUAACCAGCAAAGCCUUUACGAGUUGUAACAUGCUUGUGAAUGUCCAGGACUACAUUGAAACUUGCACACAAGACCUUUGCCACUGUGACAGCUCUAUGGCUGACUUCUGCAUGUGCAACACCUUUGCAGAGUACUCCCGGCAGUGUGCUCAUGCAGGUGGACAGCCCCUGAACUGGAGAACCUCAGACCUGUGCCCCAAAUCGUGUCCAUUCAACAUGCAAUACCACGAGUGUGGCUCUCCCUGCUCUGACACGUGCAGCAACCCGGAACGAUCUGCACUUUGUGAAGAUCACUGUACAGAUGGCUGUGUCUGUCCUCCAGGAAUGGUGUUUGAUGAUGUUAAUGGUGCUGGCUGCAUUCCCCGCAGAGAAUGCCACUGUACCUAUGAAGGUGAAACUUACGCUCCUGGUGCCUCCUUCUCAUCUAAAUGCAGAUCAUGUACCUGUGUUGGAGGUGAAUGGUCUUGUGUCACUCAGUCAUGCCCUGGGACUUGCAGUGUUGAAGGAGGUUCCCACAUCUCAACAUUUGAUGAGAAAUACUAUUCCUUCUUUGGAGACUGUAGUUAUGUCCUAACCAAGCUGUGUGACAGCAAUGAGUUCACGGUGUUGGGGGACAUCCACAAGUGUGGCCUGACUGACACGGAGACGUGCCUCAAGGGCGUAGCCGUCAGCCUAAACGGAGGACAGACGAGCAUUUUGAUCCAGCCUUCUGGGAGUGUAUUUGUGAAUAUGAUCUACACACAGCUACCAUUCUCAGCAGCAAAUGUCACCAUCUUCAGGCCUUCAUCUUUCUUCAUAAUACUGCAAACAACUUUUGGUCUUCAGCUACAGGUUCAGCUUGUGCCUUCAAUGCAAGUUUUUAUAGAUUUAGACCCAUCACAUAAAGGGCAGACCUGUGGUCUCUGUGGGAACUUCAAUGAUGUACAGACAGAUGAUUUCAAAACCACCAGUGGUGUGAUAGAGGGCACAUCAGCUGCCUUUGGCAAUACUUGGAAAACUCGGGCUGAUUGUCCUGAUGCCAAAAAUACCUUUGAGGACCCCUGUACUGUCAGUAUACAAAAUGACCAGUAUGCUCAGCACUGGUGUGGACUGCUCUCGGAUACCACAGGACCUUUUGCUGAAUGUCACUCAACAGUGAAUCCAGAAGUUUACCAGAAGAUCUGUAUGUUUGACACCUGUAACUGUGAGAAGAGUGAGGACUGCAUGUGUGCUGCCCUUUCCAGCUACGUCAGAGCCUGUGCUGCUAAAGGAGUCCUCCUCACUGGAUGGAGGAGCAAAGCCUGCACAAAAUACACCACCUUGUGUCCGAAGUCCUUGAAGUACACCUACAAUGUCAAUUCCUGCCAACCCACCUGCCGCUCUCUGAGCGAGCCUGAUGUCACAUGCAGCAUCAAGUUUGUCCCAGUUGAUGGCUGUACCUGCAUAAAUGGAACCUACAUGGAUGACAGUGGCAAAUGUGUGCCUGCUUCUAGCUGUCCUUGUUACUACAAAGGAAUGCCUCUGUCUUCUGGAGAAGUUGUUCAUGAUAAUGGUGUUGUCUGCACUUGCACCUAUGGAAAGCUGAGCUGCAUUGGAGAGAAGCCUGAACCAGUCUGUGUGCCUCCCAUGGUUUAUGUUGACUGUGGCAAUGUCACUGCAAACGUGGUAGGAGCAGGAUGCCAGAAGAGCUGUCAGACUCUAGAUAUGGAAUGUUACAAAACUCACUGUGUCUCUGGCUGUGUAUGUCCUCAUGAUCAAGUGUUGGAUGGCAAAGGUGGCUGUAUAGCUCCAGAAGACUGUCCAUGUAUUCACAACGGGAAUUCCUACAGUCCAGGAGAAUCAAUCAGAGUUGGCUGUAAUAACUGCACAUGUAGAAACAGAAAAUGGCAAUGCUCUGAGGAACCCUGCCUGGAAACAUGUUCUGUUUAUGGAGAUGGGCAUUAUACCACCUUUGAUGGCAAACGCUUUGAUUUUGAAGGAGACUGUGAAUAUGUUCUGGUCCAGAACUACUGUGGUCAACAGGCUAUGAAUCAGGGAACCUUCAGAGUCAUCACUGAGAACAUUCCAUGUGGCACCACAGGAACUACCUGCUCUAAGUCUAUUAAAGUUUUCCUGGGAAACUAUGAGCUGGUACUCAGUGAUGGACACUCUGAUGUCAUCCAGAGGACACCUGGAGGAAAAAUGCCAUUCCAAAUCCGUUCCAUGGGCAUUUACCUGGUGGUUGAUACUACUGUUGGUCUGAUACUCAUGUGGGACAAGAAAACCAGUAUAUUCAUCAAACUUAGUCCCAGCUUUCAGGGCCAUGUCUGUGGACUUUGUGGAAACUAUGAUGGCAACGGGAAUAAUGACUUCACUACUCGCAGUCAGUCUGUGGUAGGAAGUGUGCUGGAGUUUGCCAAUAGCUGGAAAGUGUCUUCUAGUUGCCCAAAUGCCAAUCGUACACAGGACCCAUGCACUGCAAACCCAUACAGGAAAGCCUGGGCACAGAAGCAAUGCAGCAUCAUUACCAGUGAAGUGUUUGCAAAGUGUCACUCACAGGUUGAACCAAAUGAAUAUUACCAAGCAUGUGUGGAUGAUGCUUGUGCCUGUGACACUGGAGGAGACUGUGAAUGUUUCUGCACAGCAGUAGCUGCCUAUGCCCAAGCAUGUAAUGAGCUGGACAUCUGCAUAUCAUGGAGAACCCCAUCCAUCUGCCCUCUGUUCUGUGAUUACUAUAAUCCGCAAGGAGAAUGUGAGUGGCACUACAAGCCAUGUGGAGCACCUUGUAUGAAGACCUGCAAUAAUCCAAGUGGGAAAUGCCUUCAUGAGAUGAGGGGUUUGGAAGGCUGCUAUCCACAAUGUCCAAAAAAUAAGCCCUAUUUUGAUGAGGAAACCAUGACCUGUGUUUCUAAUUGUGGUUGCUUUGAAGAUGGAAAAAAUUACAAACCAGGAACAGAGAUGCCUUCAAAGCAGAACUGUGAAUCAUGUGAAUGUACAACUCAUGGCAAAAAAUGCAGAUAUGAUGAACAUGAAUGUGUCUGCAGUUAUGAGGGGCAGAAAUACAACUACAAAGAUGUGGUCUACAACACUACAGAUGGCACAGGAUGGUGUAUUGUUGCAACUUGUGGUCCCAAUGGAACACUUCAAAGAUUUAUCUAUGAAUGUCCAAACUCAACAUCGCCUACAACAACAACAACAUUUCACUCCAGCUCUACACCACCUACCACUACUUCCACAGUGUCACCAACUACAUCAGUAUGUGUUCAUGAAGUGUGUCAGUGGUCAGAAUGGUAUGACGGGAGUCUACAAACCCCUGGCUAUGAUGGGGGAGAUUUUGAAACUUUUGAUGAUUUACGAGGAAAAGGUUAUGAAAUCUGUCAAGCCCCAAAGGCUGUUGAAUGCAGAGCAGAAAAGUUCCCUGAUAUACCACUGAAAGAUCUUGGCCAAAAAGUAGAAUGCAGUACAACACGAGGGCUGAUAUGUUACAACAAGGAUCAAAUUUCAACAAUGUGCAACAACUAUGAAAUCAGAAUCCUCUGCUGUGUUUUUGUACCAUGCUCUUCCACAACACCUUUGAGGACAUCAACACCAGUCACAACUCCAACUCCAAAAGAAACAUCUACUGAAACAAUGUACACAUUUACUACAACUUCUGAAAGUACAACCUUCACAACUUCAACUACAGAAGAAACAACAACUACAACACCACCACCUGUCACCACAUCACCUUCUACAAUUCCUCUUUGUUUCAAAGAAAAAUGUUACUGGUCAAGAUGGUAUGAUGUCAGUUAUCCAGGAUCAGGUUACAAUGAUGGAGAUUUUGAUACCAUUCAGAACAUUAAAAAGGAAGGAUACCAAGUGUGCAACAACAGAAAGGAUGUGGAAUGUAGAGCAGUGCGAUUUCCUGAUACACCAUAUCCUCUACUAGAGCAAAACAUAACGUGUAACACAGAAGAAGGAUUGAAAUGUUACAAUAAAGACCAACUGCCACCAAUCUGCUAUAAUUAUGAACUGAGAUUUAAAUGCUGCAUAAAUAUAAUGGUACCAUGUGAAACAACAGAGAGUGUUAUUACAACACAACCAACUACACUUUCUUCAAGUACAAUAUCUGAAAUAGUACCGACUACACUAAGUUUACAAACAAAACACAAGACAACAACGAAACACACAACUCAACCAAAAACAGACUUCAUACAUACUAAAAUAACAACAAAACCCACAACGCAAGUUAAAACUUACACAACAAGCAGCACGACACCAUAUCCAAUUACCACCUCCUGCGAACCCGAAGUGUGCGCCUGGAGCGAAUGGUUCGACGUCGACUUCCCCUCCUCGGGGCCCAACCAGGGAGACUUUGAAACCUACCAGCACAUCCGCGCCGCCGGCAAGCGAGUCUGCCGGCAGCCAAAGCAGAUCGAGUGCCAGGCGGAGGACUACCCCGACGUACCCAUCCAGCAGGUGGGACAGGUCGUGCAGUGCGACGUCCACUUUGGACUGGUGUGCAAGAACGAGGACCAGACGGGCAAGUUCAAGAUGUGCCUCAACUACAGGAUCCGCGUGCUCUGCUGCACCCCCAACUACAACUGCCCAUUCUCUUCCCCAUCAACCACCAGCAGCACUUCCGCCAUUAUUCCACCAAGUCCGCCUAUUUUUACGACGCCUCCAUCUCACAUUUCUACUACACCUUGUUUCUGCAAGAUUGGUGAUGCAAUUUUUUCACCUGGUGACUUGAUUUACAACAGAGUGGAUAGUGAAGGAUGUAGGUUGUAUGCCAUCUGUAGCCCAACAUGUAAUAUUGAACGACAUAGUGUGCAUUGUAACAUCAUAACUUCACCAGCCACUACUUCCUCUGAGUGGUCGACAGUAACAACAUCGGUUCCUCUCCCUCCCACCUCUACAAGUUCUCAGUUUCAUGGCUGUGUUUCCACUAUGUACCCUCCAUUGCAACCUGGAGAGAGAUUCAAAUUAUCAAACUGUACGGAAGUCAUCUGUAAUGGAGAUAAUGAUAUCGACGUAAUACCAACGCACUGCCCACCUGUAAAGGAGAUUACCUGUGCAAACAAAUAUCCACCAAUGCUGGUACCUGAUGAAAAUGGAUGCUGUUACCGAUAUGAGUGUCAAUGUGUGUGUAGUGGAUGGGGUGAUCCUCAUUACAUUACUUUUGAUGGAACCUAUUAUACCUUCCUUGAAAACUGCACUUACGUCCUGGUGAAACAGAUUGUCCCUAGAUACGACAACUUCCGUGUUUACAUUGACAAUUAUUAUUGCGAUGCAAAAGAUGGACUCUCCUGCCCUAAAUCCAUUCUUAUUUUCUACAAAUCUGCAGAAGUGGUGCUGACUCGUGAACUCAUGAAUGGUGUGAUGACUAAUGUGAUGUACUUCAACAAAAAGAUUGUUCAACCAGGAUUCAAAAAAGAUGGCAUUUCUUUCUCCACUCUUGGCAUCAAUAUGAUUGUUGAAAUAGAAGAAAUUGGUGCUGUUAUCACCUUUAGUGGUCUGAUUUUCUCUGUGAAGCUCCCAUACAGCAAAUUUGGCAACAACACCGAAGGACAAUGUGGAACGUGUACAAACAACAUAGAGGAUGAAUGCCGCUUACCAAGUGGUAAGAUCAUUUCCUCCUGUCCCCAAAUGGCUCAUCACUGGAUUGUUGACGACAACAAGAACUGCCAUGGAAUACCAGUACCACCAACUAUAACCACACCUCCACCAAAGCCGCAAUGUCAAACACCUCAACUCUGCAAGCUUAUCUUGAGCGAGGUUUUUGCAGAAUGUCAUACCGUGAUACCACCAGAACCAUUUUUCAAAGGCUGUGUUUUUGAUGGAUGUCGCAUAGAUGAUGAAUUCAUGCAGUGUUCCAGUUUGGAGAUAUAUGCAACAGAGUGUGCUGCUAGAGGUGUCUGCAUUGACUGGAGAGGAAUGACCAACAAUACAUGUUCAUUCAGCUGUCCAUCAAGCUUGGUAUACAAGCCAUGCGGGCCUAUUAAUCCAGUUAACUGUGACCAAAGCUAUGAGCGUCCUGGUUAUGGAGUAACUGAAGGCUGUUUCUGUCCUGAAGGAAUGACACUCUUGCAUGCAGAGAGCAACAUCUGUGUCUCUGAAUGUGUCUGCAGAGAACCAAACGGAAUGUCCAGAUGGCCAGGAGAAAAAUGGACAAAAGACUGCCAGGAAUGUGUCUGUGACAAAAACACUCUUAAGGUGAAGUGUACAAAACAUGAAUGUUCUCUGACACAGCAAGUAUUUUGUGAAGAACCAGGUUACAUACCUGUUCAGAUACCGAUACCAGAAGAUCCAUGCUGCACUAGAACUGAGUGCUACUGCAACACAAGCCUCUGCCCUGGCAUCACACCCCAGUGCUUAGAGGGACAGGAAAUAAUCACAGUAAUGCCACCUGGAACCUGCUGUCCUGUCUUUGAAUGCAGACAAGGCUGUGUAGUCAACGAAACCUAUUAUGCACCUGGAGCUGCCAUUCCAUCAGGCCCCUGUGAAGAAUGUACCUGCUCUGAAUCCUCUCCCUCCAAGCCUCAGCAGCCCACAGUCAGGUGCCAGCCUGUGGUCUGUGACACCUACUGCCCGCUGGGCUAUAAAUACACAGUGGAACCUGGACAGUGCUGUGGCACGUGCAAGGCAGCAGCUUGUGUAGUGACUGUGGGAGACAACAUCACACACGUGCUCCAUGAAGGAGAAUACUGGAAUCCACCUGGUGAUAACUGUACUGUUUACACAUGUGAAAAACAUGGUGACCAGUUCGUUCAAGUCAUCAAAAAGGCAAGCUGCCCUGCCUUUAGCCCUGAUGAGUGUGAUCCAGAGGAUGUCAGAUUAUCAGAUGAUGGCUGCUGUUUAGUGUGCCGAAGAAUACCGAAACUUUGUAUGAAGCACAAUAUGACUACUGUCAUCAACUAUAAUGGCUGUGUAUCUCUUGCACCUGUCGAGAUAACAUACUGUGAAGGCAGCUGUGAUGCUUACUCACGAUACUCUCAAACAACAAACACAAUGGUGCACAAAUGCUCAUGUUGUCAGGAAAUCAAGACCAGCAAAAGGAAGGUGACUCUGACGUGCAGUGAUGGAACCUCCCUCGAUCACUCCUACACCUACGUGGAGCAAUGCAGCUGUGUGGGUGCUGAGUGCAUUACCCAGGACAACACCCAACAGCAGACACAGCAGACAAAGACCUCUCAGGAGCAAGCGAAUGUCAAAAAUUAGAACUAGCACAAGUCCUCAAACAAGGGCUGAGCAUAAGACUAAAUAAAGAAACUUCAAAAAAAUACAAAAGUGUCAAGAGCAGCUAAAAUUUUGGAUGAACAGAUGAUGUUUUCUGCAUAAAUUCCCAGUAUGUCUGUCUACAGAAUUUCAGUUUUCAUUAUCAAUGUAUCUCCAAUUGUUUUUUAUGUCUUUUCUUUUAUACCUUGAGAGGUACAGCACAAGUUCAUCUGGACAUUUUCUGUUCAUUUGUCUUGUGACAAGUGCUGGACUUUUAAUGACAUUUUCAUUCCAGUUCACAGAGAAAAAUCAAAAGACAAAUCCAGAAAACAAACCAAGCCCAAGGAAAACUGUACCCCCUGCUUCUAUGUUUCUUUUUGUUGUUGUUGUUGAGGAAAACUUAGAAUGCAGAAAGCAAUAUAUUUUCAAAACUAUAAACUUCAAUAUUUUGAACAAUAUAUGAUGGACAUAUUUCCCUACAUGGUUUUGUGAGGAAAAGGAAAAAAAUCCUAUAGUGAGAAGCUGCUGCACACUACUUUUUGUUUACAUAACACCAUCAGCAUAGUAGCUGCAUGAAAAUAUGGAUUUUUUUUAUUUUGUUAUGUGGUUAACUGUUUACAGAAGAAAUAUAUAUAUAUGUAUUUGCCAACAGAGGCAUAU